GUGGGGCCGUGCUGCCACGUCUGGUUCCCGUGUCCUCGACAUCCGGGAGUUGUGGAAGCUCGCGCCGCUGUUGCCGUUGCCGGUUGAGAUUCGAAAGGCGGUGGAGUUCGGUCCCGCGACCCCGGCCCGCGCUGCCCCUCCGCUUCCCCGGGACCGGACCGGACCGCGAGCCCUCGCUCAGCCCCGCGCCGGCAUGUGGCUCCGGUUCCCGCUGCAGCUGCUCUGGGCCCAGCUCCUGUGGCCGAUCGUGCGCGGCUCCGAGCUCACCUUCGAGCUGCCCGACAAUGCCAAGCAGUGCUUCUACGAGGACAUCGUCCAGGGCACCAAGAGCACGCUGGAGUUCCAGGUCAUUACUGGUGGCCAUUAUGAUGUAGACUGUCGAUUAGAAGAUGCUGAUGGUGCCGUUUUAUACAAGGAAAUGAAGAAACAAUAUGACAGUUUCACCUUCACAGCUGCAAAAAACGGAACUUACAAGUUCUGUUUUAGUAAUGAGUUUUCCACCUUCACGCACAAAACCGUGUACUUUGAUUUCCAAGUUGGGGACGACCCUCCCCUGUUUCCUAAUGAAAACAGGGUGUCAGCACUGACUCAGAUGGAGUCUGCUUGUGUCACAAUGCAUGAAGCCAUGAAGUCGGUCAUUGAUUACCAAACCCAUUUCCGUCUAAGGGAAGCACAAGGACGAAGUCGUGCUGAAGACCUGAAUUCAAGGGUUGCUUUUUGGUCCAUAGGUGAAGCUCUCAUCUUGUUGGUUGUGAGUCUUGGGCAAGUGGUUCUUUUGAGGAGCUUCUUCUCUGAUAAAAGAACCACCUAUUCGCGUGUUGGUUCAUAACGGGUAGCCACAAGGUUAAAGCAGUACCUAACAGUUUUCAGUUUGAUUAUUAGGUCCAGGAACACUGUUAAGACUUAAAUCCUUAUUGAAAUGAUUUUCUCUUCAUUUUGGACUGUUCAUGAGCGUAUAUAUUCCAAUUGAAAUAUUGUACUGCUAUUGCAGCUGAAUUAACUGGAUGUCCAGCAGUUACCUGCAUGACAGAUUGUAGUCCACUUGAUGUCAAAGCCAUUGACAUUUAAAUUUCCUUUGAUUUAAUGAUUCAUUGCUCACUUGUCUUGAAUAUAAUGUAGCGAUGUAUCAGAUCCCUUGAGAUUUAUUUGCAGUUUUCAACACACCUGAGCUAUUUUAAAGUCCAUUGAUCAAUUAUCACAGCUGCAAUCUGUUGGGCACCAACUGUUUGAGAUCUUAAACUAUCAACUGCAAUUUAAUUGUUGUCACCUGAUUUGUUUUGGUUUGUGAUGUAACAGCAAAAUACUGUAGCUUUGCUUAAAAUUGCUUUUCUUUGCAUUGAGAUGCAUUUUUUUUUUUACCUUUUUCAUUGGAUUUGCAACAACAGUAUUUCAAAGUCUACCCAGGUUACAUCAUGUAAAUAAAGUCUAUUAAAGAGCCCCUUAAAUUUUCAGUUUUCUCUAUAGUUAUAUCUACAAUGGAACAGUCAUUUUUAAAGGUUGGUUGAUGGGUUGAAAAUAAACUUUUCAAAGGAAGAUAUUGUUUUAUAAUAAACUUUCCUGUUUUCGCUUUAGUUUUGUUGAAAGCUCAUUUGCAUUGUGUAUGUCUGCCUUGUAUGACAUUGUCAACUAUUGAGUAAAUCAGAUCUGUAAGGAUUAAAAGAGGAAUUUGGGAUUUAACAUAUAUUAAGGUGUAUUUUUUCUGCUUUGUGUUAAGGAGAUAACCAUAAAUUGACUGUUGCAAGUUUCAUAUUGAUUGAGUGGAAUUGAAAUUUUAAGGCACGUCAUAAAAUAAAUAAAAUAGGUCUUAUAAAGACCAAAAAAAACCCCAAAAUAUAUCAAACUCUGCAUUCAAUGGAUAUUAUACAAUUACAAAUGUAUUGAUGUUUUUACACACUGUGGAGGCAAGUUUACACACGUCAUUGCUGUCUAAUUUGGAAACAUCGGGAAUUUUAUUGUCUUUUUCUUUAUAUCAAUACACUUAAGACUGAAGUUUAAAUGGUGCACUGAUUUGAUUUUUUUGGAAUCUCCUACGUCUGACAUUUAUGUAAUUAACCAUUUGAAUAAUUUAAUAGGAUUAGCCUUGUACAUUACCCAUCCAGAUAAGUGACUACACCAAUGGAUAUCUGUUGUAUGCUACAAAUUGUGCAAGCUGACUUAUUGACAAUAAAAUCUAGUGUGGCAGUACAUUUGCCAAGAUUACAAACCAGAUCAGUACUUCUAAUCGAAUAGUAUCUGUUUGAAAAUGUGUACUUCGAUUACGUUCUUGUGUUAAGCAUUGUAGUCUGUUCCAUUUAAUUAAAAAUGUUCAUAUUGCACUGUACAUUCUGAAGCAAUGAGGGCUUGGUUAUAUUUUAUGUGAAUGAAGACACAGGAUUUGUUACAAAUGCAUAAAUUAUUGAAAUACAGAGCAUUGAUUGUUAACCAUUUGUUUGUAUUAGAUCUUGUAGCUUAAACCACUAACCACAUGGACCCCACGCUAUAUUCCACUUCAUUCAGUUUUCAGACCUCGAAAUGUAAACCUACAUUAGUAGGUUUUUAGAAACUGUAAGAUACAGGCUGUGAAACUGGACAGUAAAAAUAAAAUUGUGCAUUUGCCUCCAGUUCUGAAAAAA